AAUGCAUAUAACGUGCUAUAGUUUGGAAAGCAGCUCACGAUACAAAACACUGUAGAGUAGACACCUGAAACUGAAAGUGAAAACAAGUAGCGAGAGAGCGAGAGAGCGAGAGAGAGAGAGAGAGAGAGAAUAUGCAGUCGUCACUCUCACAUCCCCACGGAAAUACAGGCUUCAAAUUCCAAUCAAACCCCAUUUCAAACCAGUCACCACGAACAGCUACAUCAUUCCCAUUCUCUCACUACACCAAAACAUCUCCUUCCCCCUCUGCUUCUAUUCAACUCACUUUAAGAUCUCAAUAUGACUUACGACCACAAUUUCCCAGCAAACCCACAUGGCUUCUACCCUCAGUUUCCUUUCCACCCAUAUUAGCAACCAAGACUGGAAGAUCAUCACUAGCUCCACUUCAGUGUGGCAUUUCGUCGAACAGCUGUAGCACCGACGAUGGCAAGAGGAGUUUCAGGGAUUGGGUUGAGGUGGUUGGUGAGGCUUUAUCAACUGCAUUUCCCAUAUGGGUUGCUUUGGGAUGCCUGUUGGGGCUCAUCAAGCCGAGUUCCUUCAAUUGGGUCACACCCAACUUGACCAUCUUAGGCAUAACAUUGACCAUGCUUGGCAUGGGCAUGACCCUCACUUUCGAUGACCUUCGUGGGGCGUUGGCUAUGCCCAAGGAAUUACUUGCUGGCUUUGUUCUUCAGUACUCGGUGAUGCCUUUAUCAGGAUAUGCUGUGAGCAAGCUUUUGAAUUUGCCGUCCUAUUAUGCAGCUGGUUUGAUAUUGGUUGGUUGCUGCCCUGGUGGAACAGCAAGUAACAUAGUAACUUAUAUUGCACGUGGAAAUGUGGCACUUUCAGUUUUAAUGACAGCAGCGAGCACUUUAUCAGCCGUGAUCAUGACCCCCCUUCUCACUGCCAAACUUGCUGGUCAAUAUGUUGCAGUAGAUGCAGCUGGGCUAUUAUUCUCAACAUUGCAGGUUGUGCUUCUCCCUGUAUUGGCGGGUGCAUUUCUGAAUCAAUAUUUCCAAGGCCUGGUUAAAUUUGUGUCCCCCUUGAUGCCUCCCAUUGCUGUGGGAACUGUAGCUGUUCUUUGUGGGAAUGCAAUUGCCCAGAGUUCUUCUGCAAUCCUUAUGUCUGGUAAACAAGUGGUGCUAGCUGCCGCUCUUCUUCAUGCAUCUGGAUUUUUCUUUGGUUACAUACUUUCAAGGAUACUUGGGAUUGAUGUGUCAUCAUCAAGGACUAUCUCCAUCGAGGUUGGCAUGCAGAAUUCGGUGCUUGGAGUUGUUCUAGCCAGCCAGCACUUCGGAAAUCCUUUAACUGCAGUACCAUGCGCUGUUUCUAGCGUUUGUCAUUCAAUCUUUGGUAGUGCCUUGGCAGGAAUUUGGAGACAGAGUGUGCCAACGCAAAAGCAAGAUUGAAAUGUCACGUAGAAGCUUUAGUUUUAGACAAGCAGUAUAAAACUUUAAAACAAUCCUUCUGUAAUCAUAUGAGCUGCUAGUUGUGGGAAUUUCAUUGCACGUUAGCUAGCUAUGGAGCACUUGGAUUUGCAAUUUGUGGUGCUUGUCUUGUCUCUGAACAAUUUGAACUUAAACAUUUAACUUGCCUUUCAA